AUGCCUCCAAAGGUAAACCCGUGCAAAAAUCGAUACAAAAUCCGAUGUCUCGAAUGCAACAUUGAAAUGGACUUCGACUAUAAGAAGAAACAUAAUUCAAAGUUUCACCAAGACUUGAUUGCUCAACGAAAAUCUAUUCGUUAUUGUGUCGUCGGCGCAGCAAAAAAUCCAUUUGAGGCCGCUGCGAGUUCAAAAUCAAAGGCUGACGUUAGUGCCAAACCUACUGAAGCUUUCCGCGCAGAUAUACAAGAUGCUGGAAAAAGUGAUUUGUGUUCAGAGUCCUCAGAACAUGAAAGUGGGCAUGAGUCAAGGGACCUUUGUGAGACCGUGAUUACGGCUGAUCAGCUACAGGAUGAACUGCCAGAGCUUACUGAGAUAACAUUACCAGGCGAUGGAAAAACUUAUUCGUCAGUCCUUCCUACAGGUUCGUCGAGUAUUAAACGCCGUUCCCAUGACUCGGAUGACGAGUAUAUGUCACAAACGUAUUCAGACAACAGCCAAGAAAAACGGAAAAAGAUUGAUGAUUUCGAAGAUGAAGACGUCAUGGAAACCUCUCCAGCUAAUCCAGCCGAAGAAGAAACUUUCGACGAAGCGUCUGAUAGCGAAAGUUCCUCUAAUCAAGAAAAUUUGAAUGAGACGGUUCGAACAGACGAGAUCGCUCCUCAAACGGAUAAUGAAAGUCAAAAUCCAUUCUCAUUGAGUAUAAAGACAGACUAUGAAUUAGCUGGCAUGAUAGGAGAGAUCAUCGAGUUAUUGGAGGAGGGAAGAACACUGCGCGAGUCAUUUGAAGAUGAAAAUUACUGUGAAGAAUUUUUCAUGUCUUCAGCCAAAGAUUUCGCCUCUGAAUUAAAGAAGAAGUGUUGCUUUCUAUUCACCUCAACAAAGAAUGCCAUGGAACAUAAAGUAGAGAAAAUGCCCUCAGUGUCAGACACUCAAACUGUUCAUACGGAAUCUUGUGUUAUAAGCAAUGACCCAGCUGAGCGAAUAGGAGUUCAAUUAAGUGAGCAACAAAAACAAUAUUUGAUAUCCAAAGGACCACACCAACCAGUUUUAGAGAAAUACCCUUGCAAUGUCGUGAUUUCAAAAUCUAAGCAAAAUUCAUUCAGCGCACAGUGGUACGAAAAAUUUCCCUAUUUACAAUACAGUCUCUCCCUAGAUAGAGCAUUCUGCUUUGCCUGCAGUUUAUUUGGUGAUGGUGCUGGAACGGGAAGUGCAGAAACAAACUGGUCAAGCGAUGGCGUGAAUCGAUGGGACAAGAUGAAAAGUCGUGGAAAAGCCAAGAAAGGUAAACUUUGCGGACAUUUUACCAGUACAUCUCAUAAACUUGCUGCCGAACGAUUGAAACAUUUUGAGCAGAAAAGCAAACAUGUAGAUGUUUCGAUUUCUAGUGCCAGAAAGCAAGUGCUGGCGCAAGAAGAACAAGAACGACUACAAAACAGAAACGUAAUUAACGUGCUGUUAGAUUGUUGCCGAUACUUAUCAAGACAAGCUCUAGCGUUUCGCGGUGGUGAUAAUGACGAGGAUGGAAACUUCAGACAACUAGUCAACCUUCUUUCACGCUGGAUUCCAUUUCUUAGAAACUGGGUGGCCAGUGUCCGUUCUCGCCAGUACCAUACUACGUACACGAGUCCUCAAUCACAAAACGAGUUCAUUAACAUCCUGGGGCACGAAACACGCAAGAUACUUAAAGAACAAAUAUGUUCAUCGAAUGUAUAUGCCGUGAUGGCUGAUACAACGCCUGAUGUCAGUCACCUGGAUCAAAUCUCCUUAAUUAUUCGCCACGUUGAUGAACAGUUCCAGAUUCACGAACGACUUUUGAAGAUUUCGGAAAUUAACGAUAAAACAGGUGAUGGUUUUGCUGCAAAAGUCAUCAGCAUGUUGAAAGAUUUACAGCUUUCUACUGCAGGAAUACGAUUUCAGUGCUACGAUACGACCGCUUCGAUGUCUGGUGCUUAUAACGGAGCUCAAGCUAAGUUGAGUGAGCGUUUAGGACGGACAAUUCCCUAUAUUACGUGUCUUGGUCACAAGACAAAUCUUUGCGUUGAACAUUCCUGUAAAGCCUCGUUGAUGAUAGAAGAGUUCUUCACUACAUUGCAAGAUUUGUAUAAUUUUCUGACAAGGAGCACCAGUCGGUUCGGUAAGCUUAAAGGAAAUAUUGACGCAUUACAAGAAGGACUCGUCAUGAAGAAUCUCUCCAAAACACGUUGGAUAGGUAGAGCUGAGUCUAUUAGAGCGGUUUGGGUCAGCUACGAAAUUGUAAUUGACACACUCGAUGAGGUAAAAAAUUGUGAAGAUAGUGAUCGUGAUGCUAUAAAAACGGCUUCGAAUCUUUCGGACAGGAUAAAGUCGUUCGAGUUUUAUUUAAGCAUGCUGUUCAUGAAGAACAUAAUGUACAAAACAAAAAUCGUUGUCCUCGAAGUUCAAGAAAUUGAUAAAGAUAUCCUUGCCAGCUUAGAUGUUAUGCGCCAAACGCGAGAUGCUAUGAUUCGUAUCCGGGAAGAUGAUCUUGGCCUGGAUGGCAUUGUCACAGCAGCUGUAGAGAAUUGCAACUCAUUUGGCAUUGAUGCCGAGUACGAGUUUUCAAAAAAGCAUCGUCCACGAAGACCACCCAGACGCAUUGACGAGAACGCAGACAAUGCUAACGUACCAUUAUUCAACCAACAUUACAGACAAGAAAUGUUCAAAGUAGUCGACCGCCUCGUUUCAGAUAUGGAUGAUAUUAACAAUUAUUUUUCUAACAUUGUCCUUCCAGUGACGGUAUUGCUUCCACAGAAAAUUGCGAAAUGCACUGAGGAAGAUGCCGAAAAUUUGUGUGCAACCUUUCCAGGUGACCUGAAAGAUCCUGAUGCACUACGGGCAGAGCUUGAAAUGAUGGGCAACGACAUCGAAAAGAGUGGUGCCAAGAAUUUACGGGACGCCGCGAAGUGUCUACUCGGAAGACAAUGUUUCUACCCAAACCUUGCUAAAGCUUACCAGUUGGCGCUGACCAUUCCAGUGUCCGUCGCAAGCAAUGAACGUUCCUUCAGCAAGUUAAGGCUGGUAAAGAGUUAUCUGCGAUCGACAAUGAAGGAAGAUCGUCUCGACGACCUAAUGAUUUUAGCCAGCGCAAACGACAUUUUGGAUUACCUUGACCGACAGUCUGGCUAA